AUGGAGAACGCCGCUCCUAGUGAUGAAGAACGCAGAACUGUGCACGAAAAAGGCUUUCGUAUCUGGCAAAGUCUCUACCUGCGUGCUAUAAAGGAACCUGGCUUUCCCCAAACCUGUCUCCAGAUCCAGCCAGCACUCCACCACCAGCUUUACUUUCCAGAUGACUUGGAUCUCAAGCUCACCUAUGACUAUAUCUCUGUUUCUGGAACAUCGACCUGGAGAGGAUCAUCGGAGCACUGCAACAUCCCUCCACUGGAACGGCAUCUUCAAAUUCCUGUCUCGAUUAACUAUCUCACUCCUCUGAAUGUGUCUGCAGACCUAGACCCAAGCCACCAGCAAUGGUUCAAUGCGGAGGAAGACCACCUCUCGGUAUUGAUAUUUGCAUGGAGUUAUAUCCUUUCAGCACGCUGGGCUCAACUCAUGCCCGAAGCAAUACUCGCAUAUACAGACAGCAAGGCAUGCAGCAGCGAGCAGCACGGAGAACAGGAUCCGGCUUUGGCGGGCGUAGGGGUUGUUAAUAAUGAUGCAGCAAGAUGGUGGGCUGCUAUUUUAGCUCCAGGAGAGGGCUGGGAAGCAUAUAUUGCGAUUGGGAAAGACAGAUUUCGAUCCCCUUGGUCAAUCACGCUUCCAGCAAACUCGAAGUUUAGUCUUAUCUCUCACAACAACGACUGUUUGCUGUCAGACACCGCUGUAUCAACUGCAACUGCUUUCCGCUUUCUAUCUGAUUACUGCGCUCUGCAUGACAUUGUAGAUCAGGGCUAUGCAGCAUUAUCGGCCGUCUUAUUUCUUCCACUCUUGCGUGACAGUGGAAAAAAUAUCGUUCUGCCAAGACCAAUAUUUCUCCAUGAACUGAAACGUAAAGUGGGGGCAUCCGAAUGCAAAGUGCAACUUGAUCUUUCUUGGGUACAGGAGGCCCAUUAUCUGGACAAACUCCUCACCUUGAGCUGCAAUACAAGCGGAAUCCGUUCCCUGCUGUUCAGCGUCUUCUACGAGCCUGGCAUAGCUUGCAAUGUUGUCAGCCCAUGGCUGCAAUCCAUAUUCGCUGUGAUAAACUCUGUUGAAGACAAGCGCAUUCUUACGCAUAUGCUGAUGAAUCGAGUUCCGCAUCUUGCCUUCUUCUGGCUUAGAGGAGCAAUCCUGGACAUCCAGAAGGAAGUCUUACAACAUGGGCAAUUCGGACUAAUCCCGACUGAGCUACAUGCUGCGGUGUGGUCUGGGACCAUGCAAUCGUUCCUGCAAGAGCCUGUCCAUCCAGCCGCAAAUAACUCUAUUCAGCGCUCCGACGAAUGUCGCAUUCUCUAUCUUACCCAAGAGGAACAUCACCCUAGAUGGCCCAUAUUGCCGUGGAGGCCGUUUGGGGCCACCGCUCUAAAAGACACGGAAAUUGACGUCCGCCUGCAUGCGAAUUGUACCGGGCAAGGCCUUCUGUAUGCAGGUUGGAAGUGGAUGUGCCGAAAUGGUAGGGUGGUACAUCAGUCGUUCGAGGCCGCUCUUGCACCAACAUUGCCACUGGCGGAGCCAGAGCUGCCUAACGUCACAAUCAGUUAUGAAGCUCUCGAUCAUGGGGAGGAGUCAGCAUCACAAAAUGCAACCCGAAGUAUCUUCGGCUGGCUGCGAGUCGACGGGUAUCCUCCAGACGAGAAGAGGAUACAUGAGUGA